CUUGGGCAAGGGGUCAGCGCAAUCGUGAACAGCAAGAAUUCUUAUCAAUUUAUACUCUCUAAACCCGGCAACCAGAUCAUAACCUUCGAUCUUUGGGCGAUAUUUAAAAUCAAUUUAUUAUUUGUAGGCUCAGAGAUGGGAAUUAUCAGAAGCGGUUUCUCUUUCAUUGCAGGAACGGUAUUUGGCAUCUACGUUGCUCAAAAUUACAACGUUCCAAACAUUAGAAAGCUGACGAACACCGGCCUCUUAAUAGCCAAGCACAUGGAGGAAAAUUAUAGGAAGCCCAAGAAGCGAGACGAUGAUGAAUGAUUUGAUUUGGCUUUAGAUUCCAGGUUCUUGCAUUACUGUUUUGAGGGAUUUUGGGGAUCGUUACAAGUUUCCCAUUUUUGUUGGGCGCUUACUGGUUUUUGUUUUAAAUCACUGUAUUUCUUCCUGUGGAAUUCCAGAAAACAUAAAAUUAUAGUGGGAAUUAAAGAUGUAGAAUUCAUUGCC